AUGAACGAACACCUCACCGAGCGCUUCGGGCGCUCGAAGCGAAUCUCUCGCCCGGAGCAUCGACAGACGGACCACGCCGAGGUUUGGCUGCUUCCACCGAAGCUGAACACGCGCAUUCGAGAGUACUACCAAGGUCCACCAGCAGAAGGCGGCCACUGGCUUGCACGCCCAGAGGUUCCACACUCCGCCGAAUUGCUCGAUGCCGACACCAAUAGCUCGUCCUCUUCCGACAGUGGCUUUGACAUUCGAAGUCUCAGAAAUCUCAUCAAAGGUGCCUUCAAAGGCAAGGAAAACUAUCUCUCAACGCACUACAACUUGCUCCGCGAGGACGCCGUCCGACCUCUGCGUGAAGCUGUGGCCGAAGUUCGUGAGAACCCACAGGCGGACGAAAAUGAGUUCAGUGGGCAGAUCGGCAUCUACGAAAAGGUACGCCAGCCCGCCUCGCACCGUGGACGUUACUCGCGCACAAUUGCUGAUCCACAUUUUAGGUCCACAUUUGUGCUACGACCAUCUCAACACGCGGUAUUGCCAUUCGAGUCACGUUCAGCUUGCGUCGGACCGGCAAGAAGAUACUAUGGGAGCAAUCCAAGCGCCUGAUCAGCGGCAGUUUGGUCGUCCUCAGCCCUGCCAAUGACAUGUUCAACAGUCAAGCAAUUGUCGCCACCGUCGCUGCUCGUCCACUCAGCGCUGUACAACAGAAUCCACCGGAGGUUGACUUGUUCUUUGCCCGCACUGACGAGCUCGAGAUUGACCCUGCCAUCGAAUAUGUCAUGGUCGAAGAGCGCAGCGGCUUUUACGAAGCAUCUCGACACACCCUCCUUGCACUUCAGCACAUGAUGAAGGAGCCGUUCCCGCUUUCCGAGCACCUCGUCGAUGCUAAGCGCGAGAUCCCUACACCGAAGUACGUCCUCGAGCAGCCCAAGAGAGAUAUGACUUCGCUCUUCAGAGACAACAAACACGAGACCUAUGAGAACGUCCACAUUCUCAAGCAAUGGCCACGUCAGCCUCAGAGUGACAUGGACGCGUCCCAGCUCUCCGCCCUCCAGCGCAUUCUCACCAAGCAGCUCGCGAUUAUUCAAGGCCCUCCGGGCACGGGCAAGACGUACGUGUCGGUCCAGGCCAUCAAAGUCAUGCUCGCUAAUCGGCACGACGAUGACCCUCCGAUUGUUAUCGCGUGUCAAACCAACCACGCUAUCGACCAGAUUCUGCGGCAUAUCGCGCAGUUCGAGACUGAGUUCGUUCGCUUAGGUGGAAGAAGCAAAGAUCAGGGCAUUAUCAAGGAGCGUACGCUAUAUGAGCUGCGUAAUACCAUUUCCGAGAACCCGCCUGCCGGGUGCGCACAAGGCAUGGCGCGGACGAAGAUGCAGCAUAUGCAGAAGGAGUUUGGUAUCAUUCUGACGCCACUCAAACCUGACAAGAAAGCACUGGACCAUCGCGUCCUUGAGAACUUUAACAUUUUAACAAAGGCACAAGCUGAUUCACUCGAAAACGGCGCUUCGAGAUGGGUCCAAGACAAGAAGUCAAACCCAAACCAUAUGCAGGCUUCGCCAUUCACCCUCUGGCUUGGUGACAAGCUUGUGUCCGUGCCAUACAAGCAGCAGCCCGAAGAGUUUGGAUUCGACUACGAAGAGGCUGACCUAGAGUUCGAGCAACUCAAAGAAGUGGAAGCCGAGAAUAUAGCCAAUGACGAAGACUUCGAGUCCCUGCACGGCCUAUCAUUGUCUGUCGCUGACAACUUCACCUGCCGCAAGGUCCAAGGCAUGGAAUCAAGGGCUCAAGGCUUCCUCUCAGAGCAGGACAUGUGGAGGAUACCCGAAGUCCAGCGGGGAGCAGUCUAUCGCCACUUGCAAUCGGAGCUGAAGAAGUGCAUCCGCGACGCCUUCCGCAAAAUCUCACAGCAGUACAACGAGCAGGCCACCAAGCGUCGCAUUGGAGGCUGGGAGAAGGACGAGAACAUUAUCAAGAGGCAAAAGCUUAUCGGCAUGACAACCACCGGCUUCAGCAAAUAUCGCGCGCUCAUCUCCGCAUUGCAGCCCAAGAUCGUGCUCAUCGAAGAAGCAGCAGAGACUCUCGAAGCGCCGGUCACCGCUACUUGCGUUCCAUCUCUGCAGCACCUCAUCCUUGUUGGCGACCAUCAACAACUUCGCCCGCAUGUCCAGGUCAAAGCAUUCGAGAACGAGCCAUAUUUUCUCAACGUCUCUAUGUUUGAGCGUCUGGUGAACAACAAAGUCGGCUUCGAGAUUCUUUCCAAGCAGCGUCGUAUGAUUCCUGAAAUACGUCGCAUCUUGUACCCCAUCUACAAGAAUCGCAUCAAGGAUCAUGUCUCGGUCACCAACCCCGAGAACCGGCCAAAUGUUCCUGGCAUGGGCGGCGUCAACUCCUGGUUCUUCACCCAUCAAUGGCCGGAGGCGAGAGACGACCAGAUGUCCUGCUACAACCAGAUGGAGGUGGACAUGAUCGUAGGCUUCUUCGGGCAUCUGCGCUACAACGGCGUGGAUGCUGAGGACAUCACUAUUCUGACGUUCUACAACGGCCAGAGGAAGCGUAUUCUGCGUGAGCUUCGUCAUAGAGCCCUGCCUCAGUCAGAGUCGCAGAAGUUCAACGUCGUCACCGUCGACAGCUACCAGGGUGAAGAGAACAAGGUCGUGCUUUUGAGUCUGGUACGGUCCAACGACAACAAAGCCAUCGGAUUCCUGGACGUGGUCAACCGUGUGUGCGUCGCUUUGUCGCGUGCACAGUGUGGGUUUUACAUUUUCGGCAAUGGCAUGCUUCUGUACAAUGAGAGUAAGACCUGGGCCAGAGUCAUCAAAAUCAUCGCCGGCAAGAUGAACGAGGAGGAGGCUCCCAAGUUCGUCCCUAACCGCUUGGACAACACGUUUCCGAUCCGCUGCAAGAACCACAACAACGUCGUGGAGAUCAUCAAGCCAGAUGACUGGGACCACAUCUAUGGCGGAUGUCUCGAGAAGUGCGCUGAAGUGCUCCCGUGCGGCCACCCGUGUCAACUCACAUGCCAUCCAUUUCCAGACGAGGAGGUGAACUGCCAGCUUUGCUUGCCUGCAAAGCAGCAACACACAUCGGAGGUCUCUCCCACGCUCAAGCCUCAAUCCACCUCAGGAUCCACCGCGGAUCUGUCCAACACGUCCUCGUGGGAGUCCUUUGCCCAGGAAGAGCCAAAGCGUGUCCAGGCGCAGAUCGAGAACUACCAGUCUCCUUCGCCUCAGGCUAGCAAGGCGGCAAUCAUGCCUCUUCGCGUUGUGGAGUCGAAGCCAGGCAACAUCUCCAAGAAGCACUUCCCAAACGGCCUCGACCGUGCCGACUCACGCUCGUACAGCCUGGAGAAGCGGAUGGCAAGUGUUGGCCCGCGCAAGAAGUGGGUAGACACAGUGCGAAUGGGUGGCGACUCCAGCAGCUCCCAGAGCGCAGCCGAGGAGGACCUCAUCGACCUGAAGUGA